AUGGAGUUCUCAGAGCUGAUCCGUACAGGCCGGGCCCAAGCACAGCUCCUGCGGGGCCCGGAGGCGCCCCCGCUGCGCGGCACGCUGUGCGUCACCGGCCACCACCUGCUGCUGUCUCCAGGGCCCCAGUCGACUCCAGACCUGUGGCUGCUGCUGUUGCGUAGUGUCGACUCUAUCGAGAAGAGAGUUGCGGGUGACUCGGGCACCAUCACGCUGCGCUGUAAGGACCUGCGGGUGCUGCAGCUGGAAAUAGAGGGCGUGGAAGCGACGCUGGACAUCGCCCGCUCCAUCGAGGCGCUGUCCUCCCUGGAAUCGGUCAUCACGUCCUUUCCGUUCUUCUACCGUCCCAAGGGCCUGAGACUGGGCGACUCCUGGCACUUCCUCCCGCCCGAACGCUACUACAAGCGGGUAGCUCGCGAGACCGACGCGUGGCGGCUGAGCGAGGUGAACGAGGACUUCGGCUUGUGCCCCAGUUACCCCCGUGCCGUGAUCGUGCCUCGCGCGGUGGACGACGAUGUCCUGGCGCGCAGCGCCCGCUUCCGCCAGGGAGGCCGCUUCCCUGUGCUCAGCUACAGCCACGCUCCCAGUGGAACCGUUCUGUUACGCUCCAGCCAGCCUCUGACCGGUCCCCAAAAGCGGCGCUGUGCUGAAGACGAGGAGCUGCUGCGAGCGGUGCUGGCGGGGGCUCGCCCUGGGGCCCGGGGCUUUAUCCUGGACACACGCUCCGCCCAGGCCGCAAAACAGGCCCGUAUGACUGGCGGUGGCACGGAGGCCAAGGCCGCUUACCCUGGCUGGAAACGGCUGCACCGGCCCCUGGAGAGGGGGCGGCCCCUACAAGAGAGCUUCGUGCGCCUGGUGGAGGCCUGUGGGGAUCCGGAGCAGAGCAUGGACCGCUGGCUGAGUCGGCUAGAGGGCUGCCGCUGGCUGGCACACGUGAAGGAAGCACUGAGCACUGCCUGCCUGGCAGCCCAGGCCAUGGAGAGGGAAGGGGCCUGCAUCCUGGUGCAUGGGGCUGAAGGCACGGACAGCACCUUACUCGUGACUUCACUGGCCCAACUCAUCCUGGACCCCAUGAGCCGGACCAUAGCUGGAUUCCAGGAACUGAUAGAGCGCGAGUGGAUCCAGGCCGGCCACCCCUUCCAGCUGCGCUGUGCCCACUCGGCCUUCUCCCAGGCCCGCCCCAAGCACGAGGCACCCACCUUUCUCCUCUUCCUGGACUGCGUGUGGCAGCUGGGCCGCCAGUUCCCGCUGUCACUGGAGUUUGGGGAGGGGCUGCUGUUGGCGCUGUUUGAGCACGCCUAUGCCUCCCCCUUUGGCACCUUCCUCUGCAACAGCGAAAAGGAGAGAUGCCUGUGUGAAGUGAGGACUCGAACACACUCCCUGUGGUCUGGGCUCAACCAGCCAAAGGAGCAACGAAAACUCCGGAACCCACUCUAUGUCCUCAAUCCCUUGGCCAUCUGGCCCUCUGUGGAGCCCCAGAGCCUGCGGCUGUGGCAAGGCCUGUUUCUGCGCUGGACGCACCCACCUGAGCCGGCAGAAGUAGCAUGGGAGAAGGUGUGGCAAAUAGUGACAGGAAGGGAGGAGACAGAAGGCUCGCAGCCAACAGCUUCAGCCUGAGCCCAACCCCAGCACUGGCUCCUUAGACAAUGGAUGAAAUGUUCUUGAAACCUCUCCAGGCCCCUGGGGACCUUUAAAUCUUGGACAAGGGUACC